CCGGCCCGCCACUUCGCCCCCGUGGUGACCCUGGACGCCGCCGGCCGCGUGCAGGAUACGCCUGAGGUGAAGGCCGCCAAGCAGGCCUUCGACCAGGCCUUCCGCAGCGCUGCCGCCGCCGCCGAGGCUGCCCCGGACGUGAACAUCAUCACCGGCGCGGCGCCGGCCUCCCGCGGCGGCGUCCGGGCGGGCCUGACGUACGGCGCACCCGCCAUCAAGUCCACCUACCUGGCCCCGGCCGUGUCCGUCGUGCCCGCCGGCCCCGUGGUCACCCUGGACGCCGAGGGCCGUGUGGAGGACACUCCUGAGGUCAAGGCCGCCAAGCUGGCCUUCGAGCGGACGUACGCCACCGCCGCCGCCGCCGCCGCCGCUGCCCCCGACACCGGCAUCAUCACGGCUCCGGCCAGCAGCGUCAGAGGCAGCGCCAGAGGAAAGGCGUACUACAGCGGCGCCAAGGCGGCCCACCACGGCGCCACCCAGACCUACAGCUUCGACGGCGUCACGGUGAUGCAGGCGGACGGCGCCAGCUCCCCCGGCAAGUUCGGAUACACCUACCAAUAGACCGCGGAUGGCACGGCGCCCUUAUAUUUCAUCUAGUGGCAUUGCUUUCCGGCUGUUAUGUGACUCGACCCGUGCGUGGACCCCGCCGUCGACGGCUUGCCGCCGAUGGUCGGCGAGGUCCCCUUCUCCUGUUCUUAAUCGCCCCCGCACUGCGCGUGUAGUCAUGACUGAAGUUCGUGUGCCCACAAACUGUACAGCCGGUGCGCCGCCUGGCGCCUCACAUGAACGUGUAGGCCCCCGUACAGUAUCACCCCCGACCUGCUGCCCCCCGCGCGGCAGAGUGCUCUCCCAGACAAAAUGUCAAGAAACGCCUGGAGUACCCAUUCUUUGCAGCAUAUGUCAUGUGAACGAAAUUAUCAUUUAGGCAAUCACACAUAUGCUGAGUACCAGUGUCAAAAUAUAUGUAUUCAUACCGCGCACCUUUAUUCGGUGUUCACGGGUACCUGUCCGCAAGAGGCAUCAGCUUUCAGGCGUGACUAUUUCCAUCCUAGCAACGCACAUAUUCUGGUGCAUGCCUGAAUACCGUACUGAGCAGCCAUUUGAGAGUCCAUGCAUUUCACAGCAAUUUACAAAUGUCUUUAGUGCACCGAAUCGUGCACGAUCAUUCCAAUUUGUACGAGGGAAGAUGGUUCGUCGCGUUAAUAAUA